UUUGCGAAAAAUCAACGCUACGUUUACGUUGACCUCGCGCUCACGAAAAAAAUUACGCAGAAAACAAAACGUAGUGUAGAAACUUCAUCUACGCGUUUCAACGAUUCAACAAAAGAACCCAAUAAACUGCAAACAUCAAUUUUCUUCUCUUUGCAUCUUUUAGCUUCUUUUACCUUUGUUGUGCAAAGAUCCAGCAAAGUUAGCACCGUUGUUUUUUUCUCAAAUAUUGUUGCUUUACGUUCAAGUUUAUCCACUUGGUGAAAGAAAAGUGAUACGUUAGGUUGUUUGGAAAGUGAAAGUUACGAAAGUUCUAGUUUUUUCGAGGUUUUUUUGGUGAAUUUUGAAAGAAAAUGAACUUUUAUUUUACCUAUAUACUUUGUGAUCUUGAUGGUUUUUAUGGGUUAUGGUUUGAUUAAAGGGUUGUGGAGUGUUCUGAUUUCUGAUUAGGGUGCGGUGUUUUUGUAAUUCUUGGGUAUUAGGGUUUUUGGGUUUUUUUUUUUGUUUAGGUUCGAUUAGGGAUUAGGAAAUUAAGUUUUUUGUUUUUUUUUAGUUUGUGGGUUGGUUCAGAAUAUAUAAGGUGAUUUGGGGUUUGAUUUUUGUUUUGAAGAUUGGUAAUUUUUUAGGUUUUGUGUUUUGAAUUUUGUUUGGAAUUGGGGUUUGAGUGAUGGAUGAAGCACAGGGAAGUUCAAGUUUGCCUCCUUUUCUGGCAAAGACUUAUGAGAUGGUGGAUGAUCCUUCCUCGGAUCCUAUUGUUUCUUGGAGUAUGAGUAACAAAAGUUUUGUGGUGUGGAAUCCCCCGGAGUUUGCGAGGGUUUUGCUCCCGAGAUUCUUUAAGCAUAAUAACUUCUCCAGUUUUAUCAGGCAGCUGAAUACAUAUGGAUUUAGGAAAGUUGAUCCAGAACAAUGGGAAUUCGCCAAUGAUGAUUUUAUAAAGGGGCAACCGCAUCUUAUGAAGAAUAUCCACAGACGGAAGCCGGUUCAUAGCCAUUCUCUGCAUAAUCUUCAAGCACAAGCUCCUUUAUCGGAGUCUGAUAGGCAGAGUUUGAAUGAUGAAAUAGAGAAGAUGAAACACGAUAGAGAACAGCUCCUCAUGGAGAUAAAUAGAUACCAACAUGAGUGGCAAACAUAUGAGAUCCAAAUGCAUUGCUCAAAAGAUCGGUUGGAAAAGUUAGAACAAAAGCAACAAAAGAUGUUGUCUUCUGUUUCUCAAGUACUGCAGAAACCUGCGGUUGCUGUGAAUCUCUUGCCACUGACAGAAACGAUGGAUAGAAAACGAAGGUUGCCGGCGAGAAGUGGCCGUGUUAAUGAUGAAGCUAGUAUGGAAGAUGGUAUGGAAACUUCUGUAGCUUUGCCCAGAGAAAUUGCAGAGAGUAACACUCUUUUGACAUCAAACUCAGAGAGAUUGGAUCAACUUGAGUCAUCCGUGGCAUUUUGGGAAACUGUUGCAAACGAAAUCGGCGACAACUUCGUUCACUCUCACUCAGACAUUGAUUUAGAUGAACCUACAAGCUGUGCUGAUAGUUUGUCUGUAUCUUGUCGGCAACUAGAGGCUGAAAUUCGACCCAAGUCGCCUGAAAUUGACAUGAACUCUGAACCAGCUGCUCCUCCUCCUGAGACUGUUGCAUUAAAAGAACAGCCUGUAGGAAUCACCACUGCGGCAACUGGGGUUAAUGAUGUAUUCUGGGAACAGUUCUUGACAGAGGAUCCCGGUGCGGCAGAAGCACAGGAAGUACAAUCAGAAAGAAAGGAUAAUAAUAGCAGAAAAAAUGAAGGAAAACCUAGUGGUCCCGGAAGAUUUUGGUGGAAUAUGGGGAGAGCGAAUACUCUUCCGGAACAGACGGGGAAUGUUGGUCAAGUAGAGAAAAUUCAGUAGCUAUUGAUUAUUUCUUCUGGUUGUGAUGCCCCACAAUUACUUGUAAUAAAUUUUGGCAUGCAUUGCUUUUCUCUGCAAUAAAUACAUAUUCCACAUUUUAGA